GAAUGGACCCAGCUCGGCUCUCGCCCGGGCUUCCCCGGGCUGGAGAGCGCGCCUGAGUGCCGCCGCCCGCCGGGCAUGGGGAACUGCUUCCUGGGCGGCUGCGGCAGCGGAGGAGGAUGGUCUCGGCGAGCCUAGUGCUCGAAAGGAGUGAAUGAAAUGUGCAGCUCGGGGUGUCAUUUCUGAAGGGAGGAGUCGUUUUCUUGGAGAGGAGUCCUCAAUGAGCCUGGCCGAGGCCCGGGAUCUGUGUGAAGUGGACUAAGGAUUUAGUAGGAUGUCAACUGAGACAGAACUUCAAGUAGCUGUGAAAACCAGCGCCAAGAAAGACUCCAGAAAGAAAGGUCAGGAUCGCAGUGAAGCCACUUUGAUAAAGAGGUUUAAAGGUGAAGGGGUCCGGUACAAGGCCAAACUGAUCGGGAUUGAUGAGGUUUCCGCAGCUCGGGGAGACAAGUUAUGCCAAGACUCCAUGAUGAAACUCAAGGGCGUUGUUGCUGGCGCUCGUUCCAAAGGAGAACACAAACAGAAAAUCUUUUUAACCAUCUCCUUUGGAGGAAUCAAAAUCUUUGAUGAGAAGACAGGGGCCCUUCAGCAGCAUCAUGCUGUUCACGAAAUUUCCUACAUCGCCAAGGACAUCACAGAUCACCGGGCCUUCGGAUACGUUUGUGGGAAGGAAGGGAAUCACAGAUUUGUGGCCAUAAAAACAGCCCAGGCGGCUGAACCCGUUAUUCUGGACUUGAGAGAUCUCUUUCAACUUAUUUAUGAAUUGAAGCAAAGAGAAGAAUUGGAAAAAAAGGCACAAAAGGAUAAGCAAUGCGAACAAGCUGUGUAUCAGGUUCCCACCAGCCAAAAGAAGGAAGGUGUUUAUGAUGUGCCAAAAAGUCAACCUGUAAGUAACGGCUGUGCGUUUGAAGAUUUUGAAGAACGGUUUGCAGCGGCGACCCCUAACAGAAACCUGCCAGUGGACUCUGAUGAGAUUUUUGAGGCAACAAAGGCUGUGACCCAGUUAGAACUUUUUGGGGACAUGUCCACCCCUCCUGAUAUAACCUCUCCCCCAACUCCUGCAACUCCAGGUGAUGCCUUUAUCCCGUCUUCAUCUCAGACACUUCCGGCGAGUGCAGACAUGUUUGGUUCUGUACCUUUCGGCACUGCUGCUGUACCCUCAGGUUAUGUUGCAAUGGGCGCCGUCCUCCCAUCCUUCUGGGGCCAGCAGCCCCUUGUCCAACAGCAGAUCGCCAUGGGUCCUCAGCCACCAGUCGCUCAGGUGAUGCCAGGGGCUCAGCCCAUCGCAUGGGGCCAGCCGGCUCUCUUCCCUGCCACUCAGCAGCCCUGGCCCACCGUGGCCGGGCAGUUUCCGCCAGCCGCCUUCAUGCCCACACAAACUGUUAUGCCUUUGCCAGCUGCCAUGUUCCAAGGUCCCCUCACCCCCCUUGCAACCGUCCCAGCCACGAGUGACUCCGCCAGGUCAAGUCCACAGACCGACAAACCCAGGCAGAAAAUGGGGAAAGAAAUGUUUAAGGAUUUCCAGAUGGCCCAGCCUCCACCCGUGCCCUCCCGCAAACCCGACCAGCCCUCCCUCACCUGCACCUCAGAGGCCUUCUCCAGUUACUUCAACAAAGUCGGGGUGGCACAGGAUACAGACGACUGUGAUGACUUUGACAUCUCCCAGUUGAAUUUGACGCCUGUGACUUCUACUACACCAUCGACCAACUCACCUCCAACCCCAGCCCCUAGACAGAGCUCUCCAUCCAAAUCAUCUGCAUCCCACGCCAGUGAUCCGACCACCGAUGACAUCUUUGAAGAGGGCUUUGAAAGUCCCAGCAAAAGUGAAGAGCAAGAAGCUGAGCUGGAGCCUCUUUAUGCGCAGAUCAACAAAUCUAAGAAAUAGCAUCAAUGCGGGCUUGUGGCGGGUGCUUCAAGACUGGCAUGGAAAUCAGCAUCGCGACAGGCUCUGUUGUAUUCUUUCACCUCACCUCAUCCCACGAAGAAAUUCAUGAUUGCCCAAUGGAACUCGUUUGGAAGAGAGAACUAAGAGUUUUUGGCAACCGCUGGCAGAUAUCUAUGGCAGCACAAAAACAAACACACAAAAGCAUAAAAAAUCAUACCCAACGUUAAAUCACAAAUCAAGCAAAUGCUUACUUGACAAAGAGUCUAAGCUCUCUUAACACGUGGGUUUAAGAUGACCCAGUAUGUGAAACCAUAGUUCUCUUUUUAUUUCUCUACCGGUUGGCCACUGUAAAGACAUCAAAUUUGGAGUGACAGGCCUCAGAGAGUUACAUCAGGGUUGGCACUGACGUCAUUUAGGCAAAAGUAAGAGGUCUCUGUCACCACAAUAUCAUCAUCCAUAUGCCUUUCCAAAUAGGAUGAUGUAUUUACAUGACUCCACAAGGCCUGGUCUGCCAUUUUUUCCCCUUUCCUUUCUUUGUCAUGUUUGAAAAUUAAUGGGCGUACGAAUUUUUGUAUUGCUUUUGACUAUUUUUAGGUAUUGGUGAAGAAAUCUAACUGGGGAAAAAAAAAAAAAAAACCUCAUAUGAAAUGAAUUAACUUGAAAUCACAAGACAGAUGAGUGGUCGAUGAUUCUUUUUGAUCAAGAAUGUUGCCAAAACAACCCUUUAGCUCUUCUGCAUCCUGGUGAAGAAAGACAGCUUUCGGUUUAACCUUCACUCUGUGAGUAGGAAAGGACAUCGAAUCCCAUUGAUGAGAAAGAUGAAAAAUGCAUCUGAUUUCCUCAGAAGCUCUAAACUCUAAGUCCAAUAAAAUGAGAUUUUUUAUUUUUCCGAUAUCUUGCUGCUGUGACGCUAUGCAGACAGUGUCUU